GCAGUUGGACACCGCUUCUGUAAACCUACAACAUGACUGGAUUCCAUGCUUGUCUUCUCCUGGCUAUGGCCAGCAGCACCAUCGCUGGCUACGUCCAGGGUGGUCUUGGCUAUGGCCAUGGCCUCGGCUACUCCGGCCUCGGCUACUCCAGCCUCGGCUACUCUGGCCUCGGCUACUCUGGCCUUGGCUACGGCCAUGGUCUUGGCUACGGCCACACUGUUGGACUCAGCAAUGGCUUCGGCUACUCUGGACUGACCGGCUACAGUGUUGCUGCCCCAGCUAGUUACGCUGUUGCUGCCCCAGCUAGUUACGCUGUUGCUCCCCCAGCCGUGAGCCGCACUGUGGCUACCUCCUACCACGCCGCUCCAGCUGUCGCUUCCUACCACGCCGCUCCAGUCGCCACCUACGCCGCUGCCCCAGCUGUCACCAGGGUCGCUACCUACCAGACUGCUCCAGCAGUUGCCUCCUAUGCUGCUGCUCCAGUCGCCACUUACGCCGCUGCUCCAGCCGUGACCAGAGUGUCCACCGUCCACGCUGCUCCAGCUGUUGCCAGCUACCAGACCUACCAGGCUGCCCCAGCUGUCGCCACUUAUGCCGCUGCACCAGUGGCCACCUACGCCGCUGCUCCAGCAGUGACCAGGGUGUCCACCGUCCAUGCCGCUCCAGCUGUUGCUAGCUACCAGACCUACCAUGCUGCCCCAGCUGUUGCCACCGUUGCCCACGCUCCAGCUGUUGCCAGCUACCAGACCUACCACGCCGCUCCAGCUGUGGCUUCCUACGCCCAUGCCGCUCCAGUCUACGGAUACGGCGUUGGAUCCCUCGGCUACGGUGCCGGCCACUUCGGCUACGGACACGGCCUGGGCAGCUACGGUCUCAACUACGGGUACGGUCUUGGUACCUAUGGUGACUACACCACCCUCCUCCACAAGAAGAAGUAAACUCGGCAAAGACGACAUACCACGGUAGACGUCAGGUACUAGGAGUUUACAAAAAGGGGCCGUGAUCACUGCCAAUAUUUUCUGUCGUAAAGGGAGCAAUAAAGAUAAUCAACCUUUUCCCGUUCA